CCUAUAAUAAGACCUAUAUCAUAAUCUUAUGGGGUUCCAUUUUAUCAGACAGAUCUCAAGUCCCUGAAAAAGAAUAGUUUCUCGAGUUUUACAUCUCCGAUUUCUCUUUAAUUAACAUGUUCAAUAAUCAAGAUUUCAUGGAACUAGGAUGGAGAAACGACGUUGGAUCAUUUGCUGUGAAAGAUCAUGAUAUAGAAGAAAAGGGAAGAAGUGAUGAAGAUCGUCUAAUUCACGGCUUAAAAUGGAGCUACGACAACUACUUUGAUCAUGAUCAAACAGAUAAUCAUCUCCAACUUGUUCCAGAGAUUCAUAAAGUAGAAGAAGAAGUACCUAAGACAGAUUUGUUGGUUGUUGUCCCAGAUGAACAUUCUGAAACUGGUGAUCAUCAUGAUCAUAUUUCAGAUAAUCGAUAUUAUUUGAGAAACAAACAUGAGAAACCAAAACGGCGUCGUAGCCAGGUCUUCAGUGAUGAGGAAUCAGAUGGGUUUACUAGAGAAGUUCCUUCAGUGAUACGAAAAGGUUCCAAGAGAAGAAGAAGCGACGAGCUGUGUAAUAAGAUGCGUACGCUACAGCAACUUGUACCUGAUUGUCACAAGACGGACAAGGUUUCAGUUCUCGAUAAUGCCAUUGAGUAUAUGAAAAGUCUUCAGCUUCAAUUCAAGGUGAUGUCAAUGAUGGGGAUGAAUCCUUAUUUUCCUUCGGCUAUAUUAGACUAUGGAAUAAUGAACAACCACCAGUUGACUGCGAUGGCUGUGGCACGGCAAAAUGUGGCGAAUCAAAUGAUGUCGUCACAGUUGAUUCCGGCGUCAAAUUGGCCAUUACCACCGUUUACUAAUUUUUCAUUCCCACACUCACCUAAUCAACCUCUCUUUCUUACAACACCACCACCAGCUUCUUCUCCUCAAUGCCUUCACGGUUUGGUUCCUUGUUUUCCAAGUUUCCUAGAUUUUUCUUCCCAUGCGAUGAGAAGACUAUGAUAAGUAAGUAGCUCCAGAAAAGUUUAUGUGAAGUAAACGUUGUUAAAAAAAAAAAAAAAUAUGACAAUUUAUGUGAGGCCUUUUUUUUAUUUUUAAUUUUUUUUUAUUUUUUUUUAUUUGAGGCCUUUGUGUCAUACGAUAAGUUCGAAGUUGUAUAAAUUCUUGUAACAUUAUAUUUUUUUUUAUUUAUCUGAUAUUUGUAAAAUAUAUCGAGACAUCCGAUCCUUUGGACGAGCAUUGGACGUAGGAACAAGGGAAAUAAGAGCAUUUCCCUUAUUUUAGUGUC